GAGAGAGAAAGAAAUUAAAAUGGAAAACUUCAUGGUACGUCGUUCAAAAAAAUUUUUUAUUUCAUAGAGGAUACUACACCUGCAAUCAAGAUUUUCUUAAAAAGCAACCAAUGGAUAGGCACGAGAUAAACGAAUUCAGUUGUCCAUCGAGACGAUCAAGGAGAAGACGAUCUUCACGAAGGAGAUGCAGAAGCGUGAGAAGGGCGUGUCGAAGGGUACAACGAAGAAGAAGAAAUUCGUGUAGGAGAAGGGCUAGAAGAAGAAGUGCUUGUAAAAGGAGAAGAAGUAGAAGAAGAAAGAGAUCGUCGGGAAGAAGAUGCAGUAAUUCGGAUAUUAAUGAAAUGGAGGCAAUAUCGAAACAACCGAGAACGAACAAUCAAGACGACGACGACAGCAAUUCGAGAAACGAGAGUAUAAGCGAUAGAUCUAGCCUGACAGAUCCGGAUGGAUCUAUGCAGGAUCCACGAUCGAUCACACCGCCUAUCACUCAUAUGGAUUGAUUUUGUGAUAUCGUAAAUCGAUUCCCCGUUUCGAUUCGAAAAUUAACAUGGACUAUACGAAUUUUUGCAAGUUUCCAGUAUCGAAAGUUUUCCUUUUUCUUUCUUCUUUCUUUCUUUCUUUCUUUUUUCCUUUUGUAUUAAUUUAUUUAUACUUUCUUUUUCUUUUUUCUUCUUAAAAAAAUUUUUUUCCUUUUUUUAUUAUCUCCUUUCUUUUUAUUCUCUCCUUACUACGUUUUUAUUUAUUUUUUCCUCCCUUUCGAUAAGUCAUAUUUAUUGAUCGUUCGAUCUUCGUGAAACAAUCGAUUAUUACAUGUCCGUAUAAUCAAUUGAUUUAUAAAAUCGAUUUCGUUGAUUAUUAAAUAUUUCGUUAAGA